UUCACAAUAUUACGAGUAUCGUCUUUUGAUUGUAGAACAACAACAAAAUUCUCGCGCGUUAUCUUUAAAAUGUUGAAACUUGCCUCAUUGUGGCUCCUGGUGAUGCUACUUGAAAUUCACGGAUCAGAUAUUCUGAAUGAUGCACAUAUCUACCGAUCAUUCGCUUCGAAUGAAAUCGUACCCGAUUUGAUCGAUGAGGCUCCCGAUUGUUGGUUACGCAUUGCAUUUAAAAGUGGUAGUGAAGUUGAAGGUGGAAACAGAUUAACACCCACCCAGACCAAAAAUCCUCCGGCGUUGGCUUUCAACACGAAUGAUCGCUCAUUUUACACAUUGAUAAUGACCGAUCCAGAUGCACCCAGUCGGGACGAUCCAAAGCAUCGCGAGUUUGUACACUGGAUUAUUGGUAAUAUACAGGGAAACGAUCUAGAUCGGGCAGAAACACUUGUGGAUUAUAUCGGUGCUGCCCCAUCGAAAGGAACCGGUCUUCAUCGAUACGUGUUUCUAUUAUAUGAACACCAGGACCGGCUGAAUUUCACUAACGAGAUAAAGCUUUCAAAGCGCUGCCGGAAUCCAAGGCGAUAUUUUUCCACGCGAAAUUUUGCUCGAAUAUACGGUCUCACGAACCUGUGGGCGGGAAACUUCUAUCAGGCGCAGUAUGAUGACCAAGUGGCAGUACUACAAGGACAAUUGUCGGAAUGUACGCAAACCGACCAGAAUGGCCCGAGGAAUGGAACCGCGUUCGGCGGUUUCUGAAUUCCUCAGGAAUCCAAGACACAAAACCGUUGAAAUUUUAGUGGAUCCAAAUUCAACAAACAAAACUAAAAUCGGGUUGAGAAGCUUGACAGGAACGAUUUUUUUUGCAUAAACGCUUGCAUGGUAUCAGGAAUCCGAACAAAUUGGCUCAAGUGUAACUUGUGUUAUCUUAUAUAUCG